GAAAAAGAACUGCAAAGUGCAAAGGAGUAUCAAAUUACAUCAAAUCGAUUUGUUCUUUCACAAAAACCAAUUUUGAUAUCAUCAUCAUCAUCAUCACACAUUCAAAUAUUCAAUAUGAUCAUCUCAUUGAAGCAAGCAAUUUCAACAACCCCUAAAUGCAGUUCCAAAAUCACCGAUCACAGAACAAAUUCUCCAACAAAAUCCCUCAUUUUUUCCACACCCAAAAUCAAGAAACUCUCAAUUGUUACAAAUUCAAAACCUUUGCAUGUUUCUUCACUUCAAUCUUUUGGGCCAUUGAGAAAGUUUGAAUCUUGUAAGGCAUAUGAAGCUGGUGGGGAUGUUGUGGAGAAUACUGAAGCUGCAAAAAGGGUGAAAAUUGGGUUUUAUUUUGCAACAUGGUGGUUCUUGAAUGUGAUUUUUAAUAUUUAUAAUAAGAAGGUUUUGAAUGCUUUUCCUUACCCUUGGUUGACUUCUACUUUGUCUCUUGCUGCUGGAUCAGCUAUUAUGUUGGUUUCUUGGGCUUCUAAAGUGGCUGAACCACCCAAUACUGAUGUUGAGUUCUGGAAAGCUUUGUUCCCUGUUGCAUUGGCACAUACAAUUGGUCAUGUAGCAGCAACUGUAAGCAUGUCUAAAGUUGCAGUUUCUUUCACACACAUAAUCAAAAGUGGUGAGCCUGCUUUUAGUGUGUUGGUUUCAAGAUUCAUAUUAGGUGAAACGUUCCCAACGUCGGUUUACCUGUCUCUUUUACCAAUCAUUGGUGGUUGUGGUCUUGCCGCCCUUACCGAACUCAAUUUCAACAUGACCGGUUUUAUGGGGGCUAUGAUAUCCAAUUUGGCGUUUGUGUUUCGAAAUAUAUUUUCUAAAAGAGGCAUGAAGGGAAAAUCUGUUAGUGGGAUGAACUAUUAUGCUUGUUUAUCAAUGUUAUCACUUUUGAUCCUCACACCAUUUGCAAUUGCGGUUGAAGGCCCAAAAAUGUGGGCCGCUGGAUGGCAAAACGCUGUUACUGAAAUCGGGCCCCAUUUUAUAUGGUGGGUGGCGGCCCAAAGUAUCUUCUAUCAUUUAUACAAUCAAGUUUCAUACAUGUCACUUGAUGAAAUUUCUCCCUUGACAUUUAGUAUUGGGAAUACGAUGAAACGUAUAUCUGUUAUUGUUUCAUCUAUCAUCAUUUUCCAUACGCCUGUGCAACCGAUUAAUGCUCUUGGAGCUGCAAUCGCUAUUUUUGGAACUUUCUUGUAUUCUCAGUCGAAGCAGUGAAGAUCAAAGAUGAAAGAUUGAAGAAUACAAGGUUGUAGUGUUGAUAGUGAUAUGAUCUUCAUCCAUGAUUGCAGAACAAGGUGAGAUAGCAGCAGCUUGUAGAUAAUAAAAAUGGAUGGGUAGUUAUUUAUUAUUUUGAUUUUCUAUAGAAAGGAUUAGACUUUUUUGCCCCCAGGCUUUUGGGUGGUAAGUGAAGUGAGUUUUGGUAUUCUUUUCAAUAAACAUCGGCUAAUUUGGUAUUA